CUUUUUAGGGUCGACGAUUCUUCUUUCUUUCCUCUGUCUCUCACUUGAAAUAAUUACAGUGUUCUUUGGGUGUAAGCAACUUUACCUGACCCAGCUUGCGUCUUCUCUUUCUCUUCAUGAAUUUCUCUACAAAUUGGAAUCGGGUUUGGAGAACAGGAGGUUAAAGAAGUGAAAUUUACGAGAUCCAGGUGAUACCCAUCAUUUCUCUUUGAUUGAUAUUUUAUUUUAGGGCUUAUAGAUUUCUGGGUCGAUGGAAGAAAUGUCAACGGCAAUCUCUGUUCCAUCUUUCAUGUUGAGUAAUCUAAUCUACGAUGAUUCAGUACUAUUAGCAAAUCAAAUGGAAAUUAGAGGACUUGAGCUGAUAGUUAAAACGGCCAAUUUAUUUUCAGACCCAAUACCCUUGACUGGUUGUGAAAACAACGAUGAUGAUGCUAGUCUUGUGAAAAUGAUGAUAGUUGAAGAAACUAGGGAAGAAGAAAUUGAAGCUAAUUUUGAAAGAAACGAGAAGAAGGCUGAGAUUGCUCAACUCAUUGAUUGUCGAAAACCUAGAAAGCUCUCUCUUUGGGGAUUUUCUUCUAUAUGUGGGAAAAGGUCGGAGAUGGAAGAUACUGUUGCUGUCCUACCUGGGUUUUUGAAGUUUCCUAAGAUGCUUCCAACUAAUGAAACAACAACGGGUCAUUUCUUUGGUGUUUAUGAUGGACAUGGUGGUUUUCAGGUUGCUAACUAUUGUCGGGAUCGGUUCCAUGUGGCAUUAGCGGAGGAGAUGGAAAUAUCGUGGAAAAAUGGUUGUGUUGAUUGGGAACAACAAUGGGAGAAAACAUUCUUUAACUGCUUUGUUAAGGUUAAUGCAGAGGUUGUGCCUAUUGCUCCGGAUGCUGUUGGGUCAACUGCUGUUGUUGCUGUUGUCAGUUCGUCGCACAUAAUUGUCGCGAAUUGUGGAGAUUCGAGGGCUGUUUUGUAUCGCGGAAGAGAAGCUGUUCCAUUGUCUGUUGACCAUAAACCAAAUAGAGAAGAUGAGCGUGCUCGGAUCGAAGCUGCAGGAGGGAAAGUGAUCGAUUGGAAUGGUUAUCGUGUAUCAGCUGUUCUUGGAAUGUCAAGAUCCAUAGGGGACAGAUACUUGGACCCAUAUGUGAUUCCUGAUCCAGAAAUAAAGUUUGUGAAGAGAACGAAAGAAGACGAAUGUCUUAUAUUAGCCAGCGAUGGUUUAUGGGACGUGAUAUCGAACGAAGAGGCGUGUCAAGCGGCGAGAAAACGAAUACUAUUAUGGCACAAGAAGAAUGGUGAUGCAGCUAAGUUAGAAGGAGUUGGAGAAGAAGGAGAAAGAGCUGAUCCAGCUGCUGAAGAUGCAGCUGAUUAUCUUUCUAGACUUGCUCUUCAUAGAGGAAGCAAUGAUAAUAUAUCUGUUAUUGUACUAGACUUGAAAGCUCAUAGAAAGUUGAAGAAGAAGACAUCAACUUGAAUUGGGUUGUGACUGGUGAUGGGUUUAUGGUUUUAAUUUUGUUCUUUUGUUUCUUUUGUGGGAUGUAACAGAACAUUGUUAAUUAGAAUUCUGGUCUGUCUAUAUAUAGCAUGAGAGCUGUUUCCAAUUAUAAGAAAGUCUCAUCAUUAAAUGAUUGAGAUGGAAAAUGAAAUAUAUAUCAGAUUUGGAGAUUGUUUUCA